AGCGGCGCAGAAGACAGGGAACGCAUGCGCAGUUGAUCAAUGGCGCGCAUGCGCGUUGUCGCCAGGCUUGAGGCCUAGUCCGUGAGGGAGGGCGGCCGAAGGGGAGACUGCGGUUCGAGGGGAGGUCGGGUCGCCCCUUCCCCGAAUAACGGUCGGGGAAAUGCCGGCCAAGAUCGAGCUACCGACGCUGGAGGAGCUGGAAGUGAAGGAGGUGAGUGUGAGCUCAGCAGUACUGAAAGCGGCUGCCCACCAUUAUGGCUCCCAGUGCGACAGACCCAACAAGGAGUUCAUGCUUUGCCGCUGGGAGGAGAAGGACCCACGGAAAUGUCUCAAGGAAGGCAAGGAAGUGAACAAGUGCGCCUUGGAUUUCUUUAGGCAGAUCAAGCUGCACUGUGCUGAGCCGUUUACCCAGUAUUGGACCUGCAUUGACUACAAUGGGCUGCUGGAGCUGCGCCACUGCCGCAAACAGCAGCAGGUCUUUGACGAAUGUGUGCUGGACAAGCUGGGCUGGGUCAGACCGGAUUUGGGCCAACUGUCAAAGGUCACCAAAGUGAAGACUGACCGGCCAAUCCCUGAGAAUCCCUAUCAUUCCAGGGAAAGACCGCCACCAAACCCACCUAUUGAAGGCGAGUUGAAGCCUGCUAAAUAUGGUAGCCGGAUGUUUUUCUGGAACUGGUAAAGGGGUGUGUGUGUGUGUGUGAGUGUGUGCAGCAGACACCUGGGCUGCCUCAAAACUUGUGGAAUGUAAAUUACUCUUGACUGGCGUGUAUCAGAUGCUAUCUAUAUUUGCUGGUAAUUAAAUAUCCUUUAAACCAUA